UGUUUCUAUCCUCGCUAUAUAAAAAGGUUCUUGUUGCGGAAUCUAGCAAAAGAUAAUAACAAAGUGUAGGCAGAGCAUAAGCUUUGAUCAAAAGUUGAAAAGUGGAUUCUUUGUUCUGUAACCUCCUUUUAAUCUUUUUAGCUUUCUUCAUCUUAUCAAAACAGCGGUGCUCUUUCUAACGUUUCUCCAGAGUUGAAGCCGGAAUUCCAAGCCAAUAUCAGAAAGGAAAUGCAGAUUUUGAAGAAAGUCCAUCUUCUUCAAGCCCUCCUUUUACUCAAAAUUUCCUUUCCCACUUCCGUAUCUCAAGAAACAACAAUCAGCAAUUGUGGAAAGAUAAGGAUCCAAAGUCCUUUCUUUCUUCAUAAUUCCACAUAUUUGUCCCCUUUAAAUCACAUGCUUCUUUGCAAAGCUCAGAAAUUGUACUUCAGAACUUCACUAGGUCUUUUCCAGGUUUCUUCAAUUGAUUAUGAGACUAAACUGCUGACCAUUUCACACAGUUCUUGUUCUUCCGCCUCUCACUUCAUAUCUCCUACAAGUCUAUCAGCAGGAUUCCCUCAUCCCCCUCAGCCUAACUCCUUAGUUCUUUACAACUGCUUAAGCCAAAAGAACUCAGCAUCUCCAUAUAUGAGCAAUUGCACUAGUUUACCUGCCUUGGGAGGUUCUUGUUCAAAACUUCACCAACAAGAGCUUAGAAAAGGGAUCUCUUCUUGUUUUGUGGUUCAGGACGUAAGGAAACUGGAUGGGGGCUUUCAUCCCAAACAAAUGAACUGCACACAUUACAGAAGAAUGUAUAGAAAUGCAUCAGUGGAUGACAAUAGCUAUGGAUUUGAAUUGGGGACAAGAAUUUCUUUUGAUAUUCAUGUCCCUAACCCAUGUGACGAGUGCAAAAAGCCAGAUGGAAAUUGUGGAGUUGGAUUAAGAUGUAUCUGCCACGCCAGAGAAUGCAAGGAUAAGGUGGUUUCACUUGGUGUAGUCUUGAACCCUUUUGGCAGUGUGCUCUUCUCAUUUGUUUGCUUCGUUAUAAUGAUGGACCUCUUCAACAGUCCUUGAGAAUUGGUCAUUAUACAGCCUUGAUUGCGGAAGCUCUCAGGUGGUUCUUCAUCCAAGGGCUUGAGCACUGCUCCUGAUUCAAUGUCUUCUUCAGGAGACUUGUAUCCUCCUCCUGCAUCAGCCUCAGGUGGCCUAGAAAAUACAUUAUAUUACAGAAAAAGAAAGAAUGUAAAACUGAGUGUAGUCAGAAUGGUUAUGAGCAGAAAGUGGAUUGCUGAGAUCAUGGAAUUCCGUACUCUAGAAAUCAAGUGAUUUCAGCACCAACUAAAAGGAUCUUCAGCUUUCUGUUUGAAGAGAACAACAAUUUCCUGGUGCAAUUUGCUUGUGAAUAAUGUUGUGUACUAUAAAAUAUAUGGUAGUAUGAGAGGGCAAGGAAAACUGGAAGUGCUUGUACUUAAUUUUGUUUCACUGAAGAAAAAUUGCAGAA